AUGGAUAGAAGCUCGUUGCUGCAGCUCAUCCAGGAGCAGCUUGAUCCUGAAAACACCGGUUUCAUUGGCGUGGAGACCUUCGCCAGCCUGGUACACAGCCAUGAACUGCCUCUGGACCCUGCAAAACUGGAGAUGCUGGUGGCAUUGGCACAGAGCAACGACGAGGGACAGAUCUGCUAUCAGGAGCUGGUAGACUUGAUCAGCAGCAAGCGGUCGAGCAGCUUCAAGCGAGCCAUCGCCAACGGGCAGAGGGCGCUUCCCCGCGAUGGGCUCCUGGACGAGACGGGCCUGGGCUUCUACAAGCGCUUUGUGCGCUACGUGGCCUACGAGAUCCUUCCCUGCGAGAUGGACCGGAGGUGGUACUUCUACCAGCAUCGCACCUGCCCCCCUCCGGUUUUCAUGGCAGUCGUCACACUGACCCAGAUCAUCGUAUUCCUCUGCUAUGGGGCCCGGCUGAACAAGUGGGUCCUGCAGACAUACCACCCUGAGUACAUGAAGAGCCCCCUCGUGUACCACCCGGGACACCGAGCCCGUGCCUGGAGGUUCCUCACCUACAUGUUCAUGCAUGUGGGGUUGGAGCAGCUGGGCUUCAAUGCCCUCUUGCAGCUGAUGAUCGGGGUACCCCUAGAGAUGGUCCACGGCAUCCUUCGCAUCAGCUUCCUCUACCUCGCAGGAGUUCUGGCAGGUUCCCUCACCGUCUCCAUCACAGACAUGAGGGCACCUUUGGUUGGAGGUUCGGGGGGAGUCUACGCCCUCUGCUCCGCUCACCUGGCCAACGUUGUCAUGAACUGGGCAGGGAUGCGUUGCCCUUACAAGCUGCUCCGCAUGGUGUUAGCCCUGGUGUGCAUGAGCUCUGAGGUGGGCCGUGCUGUUUGGCUGCGUUUCUCUCCCCCCUUACCCUCCUCGGGCCCCCAGCCCAGCUUCAUGGCCCACCUGGCAGGGGCGAUUGUGGGCAUCAGCAUGGGCCUGACCAUCCUCCGCAGCUACGAGGAGAACCUCCAGGACCAGUGUGGCUGGUGGGUGGUGCUCCUCUCCUACGCCACCUUCCUGGUCUUUGCCGUCUUCUGGAACAUCUUCGCCUACGACCUUCUAGGGGCACAGAUCCCGCCUCCCCCGUAGCAAUCCCCUCCCGCUUCCCGGUCCCAGUUCUCUCUGCAACACCCGCCCUGGAAGUGCCAAAAACUGCAGACAUCACCGGAGAGAAAGGGAGGGGGCUGACCUGGCGCGCAGGAGCCCGGGAGCCCAGAGACCGCGCCGCGUCUCCGAAGCGAUGCGUCAGCCGGAUGCCAAAAACAAGAUUACAAAGGACCCGUGCUAGGCUCCUGCGGGAAGAGGCCGGAGGGCAGUUGGGGCAAUCUGUGACCCAGGAACGAACAAACUGCCACCCCUUUCCCUAUAAUUCCUCCUGGUCCACCCCCACCUGCAGAAUAGGUGCUCAGCUCCCAAAGAGGGGUGGGGGGGAGAUCCCUUAGCAAUCGUGUUCUCAGAGAUCCCCUUAUAGGCAUGAGAGUCUAUGUAUUCUUUUUGGGGAGGGAGGGGUGGUUGGUGGGUUGGUACCUCUUUACCUGUGUCUAUUGCAGAGUUUUGUGUUCCUACGGCAGAGCUGCGUCUGUGAUGAUGGAUGCAGCUGCAUCCGAUGCCUUCAGAUCAUUCCUCGUGCUCUUGAGUUGCUGGGUUUGUUGGCUUGUUUGCUUAUAACCUCCUUCGUUCCCUUGCUUUGGAAUUGGUUUUUUCUGCGAGCUCCUUGGGUAACACCCGUGUGCUUCAGUUUCU